UACGAGCUCCCUUACCUGUUGCCUGUGUGCUUCCUUGGGAGCGAGGGGAAGGGACACGAGCAGGUGUGACACCCGCGCGCGCGCGCGCGCGCUCAUUCGCUCUCUCGCGAGUAAGGUUACGAGCGAACCGCGGAUACGCUCGUGGCGUGUUUUGUUAGCGUUUCUCUCGGUCGGAAAACACACGCUUUGUAUAACGUUGAAUAGCGCCCGGAAUACUCCGCGAUCCCUACGACCGACCGUCCUGCUUUGGUGUGCCACGCAGCGAACGCUCGAUGCAUUGCGAUCCCAUGGCCGAGACUUGACGCUGCCGAGAAACCUUCGUCCUUUCCAUUGUUCGGUCGCAAGUUCUCUAGCUCUUGCGUUUUCGUGAACAAUUUUGUGUUUGUGGUACCUUGGGAGAAUCUUCGAAUCUCCCGACGGAAACUCCGUCUUCACUCCGACAAAAUCUCCGACGAAACGUCGUCGUGAUUUUGUCGAAUGUGUGGCAGUUGCCAUUCGUGAGAUUUAUGGAAUAAAUGUGUGCUCUUUACAAGUUAAAUAACAGCAAACUCGCAUACUUUGUAUUUGUGCCUGGUUUUAUAACAGUUCAAGAGCUUGAUAUCAUUAGAGUUUGGGAAAUAAGAGCUUGUAUAUCUAUACAUAUAUAAUGAAUAAAGACCCAUCUUCCUCGUCGUCACCUUGGUGGAACAGGAAACGAUUACGUUUGGACGAUGGCUGUAAUAACAAUCUAAACAGUACGCUCAACAGCGACUCUCGAAACGAUACAAAGUGGUCAUAUUCAGGAAAUGCCAGUCUCAUAGAGCCCGAAAUGCUGGAGGACAUGGGUGUCGGUAUGCUGGAAGAUGGAGUAGGAAAUUAUGAGAGUACAAAAAGACUACAAUCUGAAGAAUGUACAAUCCUAUCCGAGAACUUAGAUAGUCAUAAUAGAUCAAUAAUGGAUGAAUCUGAUGUCUUUGGAUAUCAAGAGGAGGUUUAUACUAGUUCUGGUUUGGAAAUUGCAAAUACAGACAGGAUUCAACAAGAUUCAUAUGAUAUGGAUGAUACAGCUGUGAUCGGUAUUGGGGAGAAUGAAUCUGGCUAUUCCUCAAAAAUGGAAGCUGAUUAUUUUGGAGAUUUAAAGGAGAGCCUUACUAAGGAAAAGAUGAAAAAUUCCGUCGAGAAAAACGAGCAAACUAGUUUAGAUCAAUUUUGUUUAUUUAGAAGAAGAAAGAAGUCCUCCGUUGAUGGCGAGGACAAAUUUAAUAAAUUAUCAGAUGAAAUAAUGUUGAUGAUAUUAAAAUGGUUACCUAAGAAAUGUUUGGUACGCUCUAUGCUAGUGUGCAAACGUUGGUGUCAAAUAGCUCGAGAUGAAGCACUGUGGACGAGAUUAGACUUGGGUAGUAAAGUUUUAAACGAAGGCACGUUAGGGUAUAUAUUGCCACGAGGAGUACAAAUUCUAAGACUGGCACAAGCGGAAAUCGCGGAUCCUGUCUUUUGUGAAGGCAGUGAAGUUCUCAGCGAAUCUUAUAUCAGUAAAUUACAGUAUUUAGAUUUAUCUAUGGCGGUUAUAUCACCGGUCGGUUUGGCUACGUUAUUAUCCAAAUGUAAAUAUCUGAAGAAAUUGUCGCUGGAAAAGUGUAUAUUAAAUAGAGAUUGCUGUAGAGCGAUUAGUCAAAAUACUGAAUUAGAAGUUUUGAAUCUAACGAUGUGCGAGAAUAUAGACAUUGGGUGUAUUACGGAUUUAAUGAAACUUGAAUGCUUAACUGUUCUCAAUAUGUCGUGGUGUUCUUUGGAUAAUGAAUGUAUGACUUUGCUGUGUAAAACACUGCCAACAUCCAUUACACGCUUGAACGUAGCGGGCUGUAGAAAAACUAUGAGUGAUGAGAACGUAAAGGACUUGUCAAAAAGGUGUCCGGAUAUUAUAGAAUUGGACUUGAGUGAUUGCGCUAUGCUUACAAUUCAAACCAUCCAUAAUUUACUGAACUUCACGAAACUCGAGCACUUGUCAUUGAGCCGUUGUUACAGCAUUCCGCUAUCAGCAUAUAUGAGAUUAGCUCAUAUGCCAUGUUUAUUAUAUUUAGAUGUUUUUGGCUUAAUGUCGGAGUCGGUUCUCAAAUCAUUACAAGCUACCUGCCGCGAACCUGAAAUUAAUAAGUACCUUUAUAGCUCAGUCGCGAGGCCAACAGUCGGUAUUCGAAGAACCAGUAUUUGGGGCCUUCGAGUUAGAGAUUAA